AUGCAGCCGGGCUCGAACCAGGGAACCACGGUGGUCCAGGUGUCGAAGAAUCCCGUGGCUACCCAUACGAUUAUUCAGCAAAAUGGUCAGCAUCUCCUUGUCGGCAAGUUGGGUUCUGCCACAGCAACCGCCAGCUCAGUUGGUGCGGAUGGCUCAACCCUGGUGACGGAAUCAGCUGGCAAUGGGGCAAGUGCCCCCGCUGUACAGACGCUUCUCCCCACGCAGUACCUCGAGGCAACCGCAGAGCAGACCGUCUACGCUGCCACUUCAGGCAGUGGUGGCGGAGGCGGCGGACAAAUCGUCACUCACCAGGGCACCACUUACAUCCUCCAAAGUGGAACUGGCGCUCUAGAGGAGGACACCACAGCCCUCUCUCACACCGCCAAAGCCAGUCCAAUUACGGUUCAAUGGCUGGUGGAUAAUUAUGAGACAGCUGAGGGUGUGAGUCUUCCUCGAAGCACCCUCUACUUCCAUUACUUGCAACACUGUCACGAGAACAAACUCGAACCCAUGAAUCCUGCCUCCUUCGGCAAACUCAUCCGCUCCGUGUUUCUGGGUCUCCGAACUCGAAGACUGGGCACGCGGGGCAACAGCAAGUACCACUACUACGGUAUCCGGAUAAAGCCCUCCUCGCAGCUUAAUCACUACGUUGAAGACUCGUCUUUCACGCUGCGCCACUACCCCAACUACCACCGUCAGAGUUUGGAAGCCGUGGCCGAGUGGAAGAACCUGGCGGUCACAGGGAAGUCGUCGGCAGCCACCGGCGCAGUGCGACAGGGCGGCCACACUUCGACGUUUUCCACCUCCGCCGCCGCUGCUGCCAACAACAACGCCGCCUCCGCGGCGGGCGCAAGCACCUUCGGCGAUGAUCGAUCGGGAGUCGGGAGCACGCGCACCUCCAUAACCGGCGGUGGCGGUGGAACACAGUCAAAACACCAGCAUGCUCAAUUCCUGGGAGAGGCGACCUCGGCACUGCCGAAUCUGAACGAGAUCUGCCGAUCUGCUGGACUCCCGAUGCCAGGUUCAGACGACGUGGAGCUGUCGCCGCGUGUCCGCAACCCUUCGGGCUCCUCGAGUUCGGGCGAAAAGCCCAGCCCAAUCGGCGCCUCUAAGAAGGCCUCGGCAGGCCUUGAUGGGCUGCCUGCGAAGGAUCUCAUCAAAUUCGCCAUCCUCUACGCUCAGUCGGCCGGCAACAUGCUUGACGCCGUGGUCAACCUCGACUUCUCGUCCAUCGCUGGCGCCUGGAAGGCGUUUUGGCGCACUGGAGACCCGCAGGAGGAUUCGGUGUUUGAGAAAACCCUCUCAAAGGAACGUCUGUACGCGCUUUCAAAGAACAUAGUUGUUCAUCAGUUCAUUCGGCUUUACGACCACACCUUCUAUCAGUCUCUGGCUGAGGUUCUCAUUCCAAACGUCCUGCGUCCCAUUCCACCCACCCUGACGCAAGCCAUCCGAAAUUUCGCCAAACACCUAGAGGUGUGGAUGCGAGAGGCCCUGCACGACUUGGAUCCAGUGCUGCUGCGCAUCAAACUCUCCGCGGUGUCGGCACUUGCCCAGACCCUGCGUCGGUACACGAGCCUCAAUCACCUAGCCCAGGCAGCGCGCGCCGUGCUCAAAAAUCCCAGCCAGAUCAACCAAAUGCUCAUCGAUCUAAGUCGGGUCGACUUCAAUAACGUCCAGGAGCAGGCGUCGUGGGUGUGUCAGUGCAGCGACGCAACUGUGGCUCAUUUGGAGCAGGACUUCAAGUACAUCCUGCAGAAGCAGUCGAGCCUUGAAGAGUGGGCCCAGUGGCUGGACACGGUUGUGUCGGGCAUCUUGCGGCCCCUUGAAGGCAACAACCUCGCCUACACGCGUGCCGCCCACCAGCUUGUUCUCAAGUGGUCUUUCUACAGUUCCAUGGUGAUUCGUGACCUGACCCUUCGGUCGGCAGCCAGCUUUGGGAGUUUCCAUCUAAUUCGGCUGCUUUAUGAUGAGUACAUUUUCUACCUGGUUGAGCACAAGGUGGCAGCACACCUCGGCAUGACUCCCGUCGCGGUUAUGGGUGAGAUGGGCAGGUCGGUGACAAGGCCGCACUGUAGUCUCUCGCGCACCACCGCGGCCGCCCUGGUGGCGCCCGCCACCAACAACAGCUCAGCUGCGGAAUCCCGGCGUUCACGCCACGACUCAGUCACUAGUACUAAGGGCAAACUCGAGACUGUGCUCACCGCUGCAAAGGUCCCAGAGGAGGAAGAAACGGCGGCAGCAGCGGCAGCAGAGGAGGCCGUGUGCGAGGUCUUCGAGUCGGAAGCAGUGUUUCCCCUCCUGGCCACCUCACGACGCUCCGAUGGCGAGGAAGACGAGGUGGACGAGUACUUGGAAGACGAGGAGGAGCCAGACGAUGCCUCGAUGAGCGACGAGAACGCCAUGCUCUGUCGUGCCCACGAGUCGGCUCUGCUUAAAGCAGCGGAAGCUGCUGCCGAAAGACCUACGGACCAGACGGCGACUGUGACGAACGGAAGUACCACUGGUGACGACCUUCCGCCCCCUAAAGGGGAUGAGGAGGAGGAAGAAGAGGCGGCGAUUGUGGAGGAGGCGGAGGAGGAGGAAAGCACGAAAGACCAAACUCAGGAGUGCUGUGAUUCACCGCCGCCCAUUGUCACACAUGUAAGCUGCCCUAGCUUCUCCCACUUUUUGUUUUCAAGCAAACCGCCAGUUCUAGUCACCGAGCAGAUGCAGACCCCCGAGGGUGUGACGGCGACGGCAGCCAUGUCCCUCAUCAUCCCCUCGGAAGCCAAACGCGCCAGACUCUCCUGA